CUGGGUUCCGUCGAACCCAGGCAUGGGUUCAACGGAACCCAGGCGUGGGUUCAAAGAACCCAGCACGCCUAGGUUCUUCGAACCAGCUGGGUUCCAUGGAACCCGACCCUGGGUUCCGUCGAACCCAGGCAUGGGUUCAACGGAACCCAGCACGCCUGGGUUCUUCAAACCAGCUGGGUUCCAUGGAACCCGACCCUGGGUUCUGUCGAACCCAGGCAUGGGUUCAACAAAACCCAGGCGUGGGUUCAACGGAACCCAGGCGUGGGUUCGAAGAACCCAGCACGCCUGGGUUCGAGAUGAUGAUGAUGAACAUAUAUAUUUUUUUCUGUGGGUUUGGUGUUUGAUGAUGAUGAAGAAAGCAAGGCAAGGAAGAGGAAGGAAAAAAAAAGGGCGUUGUUUGGGUUCGAUUCAACCUAAGUGCUGGGUUUGUUUGCUCAAGGAAGAAGAUGAUGGGCUGGGUUCUUGGAACCAGCUGGGUUCCAUGGAACUCAACCCUGGGUUCUGUCGAACCCAGGCAUGGGUUCAACGGAACCCAAGCGUGGGUUCGAAGAACCUAGCACGCCUGGGUUCGAGAUGAUGAUGAUGAACAUAUAUAUUUUUUCUGUGGGUUUGGUGUUUGAUGAUGAUGAAGAAAGCAAGGCAAGGAAGAGGAAGGAAAAAAAAAGGGCGUUGUUUGGGUUCGAUUAAACCCAGGUGCUGGGU